CUCCGUCAUUCAACCUUUUCAAAAUGAGCUGUUAAAAAUAAUGCAUUUACAAAGGCGUCUUUUUCACUUAACAGUUCUUCUACCUGGCAAAAGGAACCGGAAUAUAUGGACAAGGAAUGUGUGAAUUUUUAUACAAUUAUUCUUUGUAGGGUAUUCAAAGGAGUUUCUUGAUAGAAGUCUUUGGAUUUUAACCAAAAACAUCUACGGUUUUGGUUGACAAUUAAUACCAAGUGAUCAGUAAAUAACUAGUUUUUAUUUGUUUAUUCAGGUUAUGGCAGAAAGGGCAUCAUUGAAUUAAAGGGAUUAAAAGCUGUUCAAGAGUAACAAGUGCAUAUGAAGUGACCAGUGUGUGGAGGACACUGUGCAAACAACCCAAGAGGUAAAGUGUGGCGGUACAUUAUGGUUUGAUGAGGGAACGAUAAUUUCAAGAUGACUUGUGUACAGUUGGCAGAGCAGUUGCACCAGAUUAUUUGUGAAGGCAAUUAUCCAGAGGUCAGGAAUUUACUGGAUCAUGUUGUGGACCCCAGGGCACUGCAAGAAGUUGAGGAACAGUUUUCUGAUAGAGAUCCAGUAGUGUGUGCUAUUGAUAACAACAAAGAAACAAUUGCUUGUUAUUUGGUGGAGAAAGGCUUUACAAUUUUAAAUGAAUAUCAGUUCCCAGACAAAACGUGUGAUCACUGGUGCUAUUCUGACCAUGGAGACAUUCGCUGCCCUGUGUCAGCCUAUGAUGCCAGGGACUUGGCACAUACAAGAGGCCUUCUGAAAGUGCGAGACUUGAUAGAUGACAUCAGAAAAUGUCGCAGGAAGCCAGGAGAUGGCCUACAGCAAGCACCUACUCCUCUAAUUGAAAGAGAACCUAGUCCUGUUAAGAAAGAAAGAAAGUCUGCCAUGUCAUCCAGACUUAAAAAAUCCCAGGGAGUUGGAGACAUUGCCAGAAGUCACAUUCAAAAUUUAGGACCUGAUUACAAAGAUAUGAAUGGCAACUCUCUUCUUCAUCAAUUUGUGGAAGGUGAUGUCACUGUGCUGUAUGCCUUGGCUAGUGGAGGGGUACCUGUUAACUCUCAAAAUAAGAAUGGUGAUACAGCUCUCCAUCUUUCUGUGCGAUCUGGCCAAAUAGGGGCCACAGAAAGCCUGCUUCAAUGUGGAGCUGAUUUUAGUAUAAGAAAUAAGCUUGGUCUGACUCCACUGGAUGAGAGUAAUGGCAAACUGAAAGAGCUUUUGAACAGGUAUAAGCCUGGUUUGGUUCAAGCUAUUCUUGAUGGCAACACUACAGCUGUUGGCAGGCUCAUAGAUCAGUGGUGCAAUGUCAAUGCAGUUGUCAAGGAAGGAAAGACAGUGCUAGAAUAUGCCAGGAGCUUGUCUGGGAAAAUACCAACCAUUCUGAAAUGUUACAAUGAUCUCAAAAGUUUUCAGCCUACCAGUGAACUUAUACAUGCAGUGCUUGCUGAUGACUUGGCUAGUGCAAAAACAGUUCUUAAAACAAAGAAAAGCUGUAUUGUGAAUAAAGGAUUCAAGGGUCCUCAGGGUACCACACCCCUUGCAUGUGCCAUCAAAUGCAAUAACUUGGAGAUGGUCAAGUUGCUGGUGGAGCAUGAUGCAAAGAUUGCUGUCAGAGUCAAGGAGAGGGAGGAGGAUGAAUGCAGAGACACAAUGCCCCUAAUUAUGAAGGCUCUUUCACCAAAAGAACAUUUGGAUGUAGCAAAAUAUCUUCAUGCCUGUGCCCGUUUAGAAGCAGCUGAGAAAGACAAGGAUGGCAAUACAUUGCUUUUGAGAGCAAUCCAGGAUGGCUGCUCAGUGAAAUGCAUAGAAUGGUUAAUAAAUGACAUGCUGGGACAAAACCUAGUGGAACGGACUAAGAAUGGACUUACACCAAGAGAACUAGCAUUUAGCCUAGGAAAACAUGAUAUAGUUCAAGCUAUUGAUAAGAUUGUCAUAAGGCUAGUUGGUUUUCAGUUUGUGAGAACGCUUGUGGCAUGUUUUUAUGGCUUUGCAAAUUUCCAAAUUAAAGACAGUGAGACUGGUGAAGCCCUGUUGCAGGUAGCUAUGGAGAUUGGGAGUGAAGAGGAUAUGUUUGCCAUUAGUCACUGCUCUGAAAUUGAGGACAUGGCAGUCCAGCUUUUUCAUGCAGCAGCAAGGGGAGAUGUUGCACAAGUUGAGAAAUUGAAUACAGCUGAAUAUGUAGACAAGAAUGGCUAUACAGCAUUAAUACGGGCAGUGGUCUUCAACCAGCUUCCAGUGGCAGAGAAAUUGAUCAUCAUGAGACCAGUGUUAAAGAGUAUUCCAGAUAAUUGUAACCGGUACCCACUCCACUAUGCCUAUGCCAUGCCUGAAAACAUAGGAAGACCAUUUGUAGAAUUAUUUCUGCAGAGAAAUCCUGAAGAUAUUGAGAAGAAAAAAGACUGGCUGGGCAGAGAAGCAGCAGAGUACCAAGCAAUGAGAAAUACCCCAGAGGUCUUGGAUAUGUUGAACAAGGCCAGGACACUGGAUGCCUAUGGGAAACCAGGACCCCCACUAGCACCUGUUUUGAUAAAUGGUGUCUAAUGCUUAUGUCCACUGAUGCAUCUGAAGGAUUCUACAGUUACUGACGAGUCUGUUAGUGCCCCAUGUUAUUCAAUAUUUUAUGGUAAAAGUUAACUGCAGUAUUCCAUGCUGCAACCUAGUGAUAGUAUCUGUCCUGUUGUUACAUUUUUGUAUGAUGUAAAGAGUCUAGACUGUCUGGGAAUGAACUGAUUGAAAGUUAUGAUGCAUUUAAGAGAAAAAAAUAUUUACAUGUACUUUGGAGCUAAACCUGGCACCCCGAGUUUCAGAGGAUGCUGGAAACUGCUGGAAACUCCUCUCAUCUCUUUCAAAACUGUAUGUUUGAUAAAAGCGAGAUGAUCAAUUGCUGGACACAACGGAGGCAUUCUGAUAGUAGAGAGGUGAAUUUCCAGUGACCUCUGAAACUCAGUGUUGCUUGGUCAAUUGAUGAUAAUUUAUAGUGAUAUGCAUUUUAAUGUUAAAAGUUUUCAUAAUGUGUCAAAAUGUGAGUUGUAUCAUUGUGCACUAAAUGUAUGUGAUAUUUAUGCUUCCAUGUGCCUUUUUCAAGUUUUUAAAAUCAGUUUACAUGUUUUAUAUAUUUAUAUUGAACAAAAAUAUCCAUGCAUGGAUACAUAAUGCAUGUCCACUCAUGAUGUAAAGAAAGUGU